UUUAUUCGGAUAAACAAGCAGCCAGUCAGCAGGCAGCAGGAACAUGGCGGCGGCAGACCGAGCUGGAGAUCUGUUUCAGAAGCCCGAAGGUCAGAGUCGGACAUAACGCCGAGGGUUUAUGAAGGCUUCGUUUGUCGCAAGCUUGCAAAAAGUAAAGCUGAUGAUGACUAGAGAUUAUGUGUUAUCCCACUGUUGCAGAAAUGCCUUAGGAGUGUUUUUGGAAUAAAGCCAAGUUGCUGAUAUGCGUUGAGGAUGAGCGGCGUGGGUGAAAAUUUCUCUGACCCUACAAGGGUUGAGCCCAGGAAACGCAAAGAAUGCCCAUCUGACCAGCUCGGACCAAGUCCUAAGAGAAGUGCUGAAAGACGUAAUCGUGAGCAUGAAAACAAAUAUAUUGAAGAGCUUGCCGAGUUGAUCUUUGCCAACUUUAAUGACAUUGAUAACUUCAAUGUAAAGCCUGACAAAUGUGCAAUCUUAAAAGAAACUGUGAAACAAAUUCGUCAGAUUAAAGAACAAGAAAAAAUGGCAAUAGCCAAUGAAGAGGAAGUUCAGAAAGCCGACGUGUCCUCUACAGGCCAAAGUGUUAUUGACAAAGAUGCUCUUGGACCAAUGAUGCUUGAGGCCUUAGAUGGGUUCUUUUUUGUGGUGAACCUUGAAGGUAAUAUUGUUUUUGUCUCUGAAAAUGUUACCCAGUAUCUGAGGUACAACCAGGAGGAGUUGAUGAACACCAGUGUGUACAGCAUCCUGCAUGUGGGGGAUCACGCAGAAUUCAUCAAAAACUUGCUUCCCAAAUCCCUUGUCAAUGGCGUUCCUUGGCCUAAUGAAAACCCACGAAGGAACAGUCACACGUUUAAUUGUCGCAUGCUCGUCAAACCACCCAGUGACUCUGAUGAAGAAGGUCAUGACAACCAAGAAGCACAUCAGAAUUAUGAAACUAUGCAGUGUUUUGCUGUGUCUGAACCAAAGUCCAUCAAAGAAGAAGGGGAAGACUUGCAGUCUUGUUUAAUCUGCGUUGCAAGAAGAGUUCCAAUGAAGGAAAGGCCUGUCCUCCCCACUCAUGAGAGCUUUACUACAAGACAGGAUCUACAAGGCAAAAUUACAUCUCUGGAUACAAGUUUGUUGAGAGCAUCCAUGAAACCUGGGUGGGAGGACUUGGUGAGAAGAUGUAUUCAGAGGUUUCACUUGCAGAAUGAUGGAGAGAUGUCCUUUGCCAAACGACAUCAUCAAGAAGUUCUCAGGCAAGGUCAAGCUUCAAGUCCUGCAUACCGCUUUUCCCUUUCUGAUGGCACAAUUGUCUCUGCUUAUACAAAAAGCAAACUCGUGCGAUCUGCAGCAACAAAUGAGCCCCAGCUUUAUAUGUCCUUGCAUGUCCUGCAGAGGGAACCAAAUGUUUGUGGGAUAAAUCAGGACGCGCCAGGGCACACCAUGGGAAAGCAAUUGAACUCGGCCAUGUCUCUGACAACAGUGGCCCAGAACAGCAUGUCAACAGGAAUGCCUGGUCAGGACAUGACAAUUAGCAGCAAUACAAACUUCAAUGCUAUGAGUGGUCCAAAGGAUCAGACUGGUAUGGGACAGAUGUCGGGCAACAGGUUUGGGUGCCCAGGGGUAAUGAAUCAUACCCCAGGCAUGCAGGCAACUCCUCAGGGUAGUAACUAUGCACUCAAAACAAAUAGCCCGUCUCAAAGCAGUCCUGUCAUGACCCCAGCACAGCAAAACUCAAUGUUGUCUCCACGACAUCGUGUUAGUCCAGGGAUGGCUGGAAGUCCUCGGAUACCUGCCACUCAGUUUUCUCCUCCAAGCUUGCACUCACCAGCGGCAGUGUGCAGCAGCACAGGAAAUAGCCAUAGCUACACCAGCAGUUCCCUUAAUGCGCUUCAGGCUCUUAGUGAAGGCCAAGGGGUCACUCUAGGUCAGUCUUUAGGUUCACCUGACAGAAAAAUGGGAAAUGCGCAGAGCUCACCUGGAAAUUUGAACCCUCAUUCUCUCACAAAAAUUGGCACCUCAGACUUUAAAGAUUCCUUUGGGUUGUUUAGUGAGAACACUUCUGAAGCAAGUCACCAAGAUGGGAACUGCCAUUCUGCCGAUGUCAAAGACUCAGUAGAGAACACCUUAAAUCAGUUCAGUAGUGGUGACAGGACAGAGGCACAAAAUCGACUACACGAUGGCAAGGGGCACACCAAGCUUUUGCAAUUACUCACAACCAAGUCUGAGCAAAUGGAUCCAACUUCACCCAUCACAAACUCUAGUGGAGAAUCCAACAAGGACUCUGGUACAAAUACAAUAGGAGGCAGUCAGCCUUCAGGAGGAGCUAUUGGACAUGGGAAUUCUUUAAAGGAAAAGCAUAAAAUUUUGCACAGACUACUGCAGAACAGUAGUUCUCCUGUAGACUUGGCCAAACUUACAGCUGAAGCCACAGGCAAAGAGCUAAACCAGGAGAACAGCAGCUCAAAUGCUGGAUCAGAUAUAAUGAUUAAGCAGGAGCCAGUUAGCCCAAAGAAGAAAGAGAAUGCACUUCUCCGUUAUUUGUUAGAUAAAGAUGACACUGGUAUUCAGGACAAAGUCAAAUUAGACCAAGUGGAAAAUAAAAUGGAGCCCUGUAACAGCACCAAGAUUGGAAAUAUAAAACUGGAGAAGCCAGAUCCUGCCUAUGAUCAGUCAGAGCAGUCAAAAGAAUUGGAUGACAUUCUGGAUGACCUGCAGAACAGCCAGCUUCAGCUGUUCUCAGAACCUCCCCCUGCUUCUGUACCAGCUGCAAUUGACAAACAAGCCAUCAUUAAUGAUAUACUUCAAAUCACUGGAGAAAGUAGUCCUGGAUCAUCUCUAGGACAAAAGCCAUUUCCUACUAUGACCCAAAGUAACUUCAGUAAUUCUCGGGGAGGUCAGUCUGGCAGAGGUCCAGUUGUUCGCAUGCCUCUAGACAUGAAUUUGCCGUCUCAGACUACUUCUGGACCUUUUCCACCUAUGAGGAACAGUCCUUUCUCAAUUAUGUCACAGCCUGCAAUUGUGGGAAAUCAAGGGAUGGUAUCAAAUCAGACAUCAUUAUUAAAUCCAGGGAUUCUUGGCUCGAACCCCCCAAGAUCCAGCAUGCCUUCCGGAGACUGGGGACCUCAGGGGCCUGCUGUUAGCAGCACCAGCUCGGGAAUGUCAACAGCUGUCAACAGAACAAUGCAGCAAGGAGCAGGCAGCAUGGUUAGAGCUCCCUCCACAGGAGUUCCAAUAAGGCCAACUGGUCAACAAGGACCCAAACCCAUAUUGUCAUCCCAAAUGAUGGGCAUGAGUGAGUCACAAUCUGAGCUGGACAUUGGCAUGGCAGGAACGCAAUAUAAUCAACAGGCUCCACCCAAUCAGACUGCACCUUGGCCAGACAGCAUGCUGCCUAUUGAACAGGCAUCAUUUACCAAUCAAAACAGACCUCCUUUCACCAAUUCCCAAGAUGAGCUGAUUUGUCCUCCGCCAGAUGCAACAAAUGAUGAAGGGGCAUUACUAAAUCAGCUCUAUUCUGUACUGAAGGAUUUUGAUGGCUUGGAGGAAAUUGACAGAGCAUUGGGAAUCCCUGCAUUGGUUAGCCAGAGCCAGGCAGUGGAUCCUGAACAGUUUCCUAUCCAGGACACUGGUAUAAUUCUUGAUCAGAAACCUCCUAUCUACAGUCAGCAGUAUGCAGCUCCUGCUCCCAUGACCCAGGGGAAUUAUGCUCAAAUGCAGGAUGCAGGUUUUCACCCUCUUGCUGCGCAGAUGGGACAGAGACCUGGUUAUCCAAUGUUGCGUCUCCCUGCAAGGCCUGGGUUGCGGCCUGCUGGCAUGGUACCAAGUCAGCCUAAUCAGCUAAGGCUUCAGCUUCAACACAGGUUACAAGCGCAACAGAAUCGUCAACCAUUGAUGAGCCAAAUGAACAGUGUUACCAAUAUAAACCUACCUCUAAGGACAAACAUACCACCCCAGGGAUCCAUCAAUGCUCAGAUGCUGGCUCAAAGACAGAGGGAACUAUUGAGUCAACAUCUUCGCCAGCGACAGUUGGAACAGCAAAGGCAGCAAAGAACCAUGAUGAUGCGUGGACCAGGUCUCAACCCACCAAACAAUAUGACUGCAACCGCAGGUUCUGGUGGAAUGCUGGGGACCAUGAACAAUCCACGGCUUCCUCAGGCAAACUCUCAGCAAUUCCAAUAUACAUCAAACUACGGUACUGGACUUACAUCCCCACCACCCUCCACAAGUCCUUUCUCCCCAAUGUCCCCCAGUCAACCCGGUUCACAGCUCCUCUCUCACAGCUCCUUGCAUGGCCCCCAGAUGAGUCUGGCUAACCAGGGAAUGAUGGGAAACAUGGGAGGACAGUUUGGGCCUGUAAUGAGUCCCCAAAUGCAGCACAAUGCCUUCCAGUUUCCCACCUCAGGGAUAAAUCCACAACCCGACGCAGGGUUUGGUGGAGCUACAACUCCUCAAAGCCCAUUGAUGUCACCAAGGAUGAGUCAUGCACAGAGCCCCAUGAUGCAGCAGUCCCAGGCAAAUACAACAUUCCAGGCGUCAACUGAGAUGAACGGAUGGCCACAAGGGAAUAUGAGUGGGAACAGUUUGUUUCCACAGCAGUCCUCUCCUCAGUUUGGUCAACAGACAAACGCCAGCAUGUACAGCAACAAUAUGAACAUCAAUGUAUCCAUGGCUACGAACUCUAGCAGCAUGAACAAUAUGAACCAGAUGUCGAGCCAGAUUAACAUGUCAUCGAUGACCUCUGUGCCUGCUACAGGCUUGACCUCAAUGGCUUCCGAGCAACAAAUAAAUGAAUCUCCUAUAAGAGGAGGGAGCUUGUUUUCAAACCAGUUGCCUGGAGAUGAUAUGAUUAAACAAGAAGGAGAUGCAUCUCGGAAAUAUUGUUGACCCUAAUGUCAUCUCAAGCCUCUUUAUCUGACAAUUCAGUAGACUCUGUGACAGGCAUUUAAAGCAUUGAGGUUCACGUGCUAAUGGAUCAACCAGAUGGAAGACAACUUUGCCAGACCUGCAUAGAUUGGCUUUGGAAACAGAACCUCUAGUUAUUCCCUGAAACAGAGGGAACCAAUGCAAACAUAUGGCAGCAAGAGGAAGAGAAACAACAAUGGAUCCCAUGCUACUUCUCUUCUGUAUGAAGCAUCCACAACUUAUUCUACGUCUCAAGUAUGCAUAAUUGAAUGCCAAUCAGUCUGUUCAUUGCAUUCACCGUAGUGUGACUUAGGUCUCCCUUGAACAACAGGUUUAUGGUGGCACCAGAAUCCUCUUCAGAUGAAUGUAUUCCUUUCUGGGGAUGAAUGCCACAGCCCUGCUCACUUACAAAGUACAGUUUGCUGAUCUAUAUAAUUUUUCCUUUUUUUUUUCCUUUAUUUUCCUGUCUCUAGCGGGUGUGAAGAGUUUGAGCCAUUUUUUUUUUUUUUUUUUUUUUUUUUUUUUUUUUUUUAAUUAUGGGCAGCAAUUAAGACUUAAGCCUCUUGCUUAGCAGGGUUUGUUGGGGGGGGGGGGGGGGGGGCGGGGGGAGUGAAAUUGAAUAAGCUCUCUGGAUUAAUAAAUGAGUUUCAGACUUAAAAUAAUGCUUUUAAGACUAUGUGCGAUUUUGUAAAAUUGUUCUAAUAGUUUCUAUUUCAAAGCCAGACUAAUAUAGUUAUCAGAGCGUUUGGUAGUAGAUAAUAUAUAAAUAUAUUUGGUUUGUCUUGUAUAGAAUUAUGCGCUUUUUGUUUGUUUUUUCCUUAGUUUGUUUUGUUCUUGUUUCUGUUUUUUUUAAACAGUAUUGACCAGCUCUCCAGUACCGUGUACAGGAAAUGUAAUUAAAUUAAAAGGUUAAUGCUGUUGGUUAGGGUUUUGUAUCCAGAGUUAAUUGCUAAAAACUCCGUGUUGUGUUUUUUGCACACCCCUCCAUGUCACACUGUCUGAAGCAUGUUAUUUUUCGUUACACCCAAUGUCCUGACUCUGCUAUUUCAUCUUUGAGAAGAUUAGAGUGUCCCGUGUGAGACAUAGGUUGUGAAACUCUGCACACCCCUCAGCUCCAGUGAUUAUUCUUUUUCUGCAAGUGAGGAUAUUUACACAGUUUUGUAUAUAAAUUAAUUUAAAUAGUGUAACAUUUUAAUUCUGUUGUAAUACCUGCACUUAGAACUGACAAUAGUGUGCUACGCAUUAUUAAAAUUGAGAGAAGUGCAGCACCAGGGCUGAGUGUUUCAGAUUAUAGCUGAAAGUGUCCCCAUCAACAGCAACUGUCUUUUGGUUGUAAUUAAAAAGGAAAAAAAAGUCCAGACAGAUUUCUUGUUUUGGCAUAUAAAACAAUGAGAGAGAAAGUAAUUAAAAAAAAAAAAAAACAGCCAUAACUCAAUUUCUAAAUAUUAAGAGUGUAUUUUUUAACUAAGUUGUACGGUGUGUUUAAAAAUGAUUACUACUAGGUACACAAAACUAACUGUUCUGAUGUAUGUAACCAAGCAAUAACUACUUGAGAAUCUUUGUUUUACAAUUUUGUACAGUUUUCUGGUAAGUUAAUAUCACUGGCCUAGAAAACAUGGUACUUCAGUAUUAAACACAGCUACCUUUUUAACUUUGUCAAAUCAAGGAGAUGUUCGUGGUUUCCCUCAGUAACUAUGGUCAGUGCCGUUGGAAGAAGUGUUUAUUCAAUUAAUAUUGCUUUUUUUUUUUUUUUUAAAUUUCAUUUUGUUUGCCUGGCAGUUUACAGUAUGACCUCCAUCCCGCUUAUUCCUAAUUAAUUAUUCCUGACUUUGUUUUGUUUUGAAUUUAAAGUCCACUGUUCAUGGAUUCUGUCAAAUCAGUACACGUCAUUACUAUGGACUUUACCAUGAGCUGUUUUUCUUUCCUCUAAAUCAUGACUAGUUAAUAAGAAGAAUAUUAUUAGAUGCCUCUGCACGUGCAUUGUGCAGUUUUAGAAAGAAUAGACCUGCAGUGAAAUUCAGGGUUCAUGUUUGUUUUACUUGUGUUUUUAUGUGUGUGCAUCAGUGUUUUUAUUUUGUGGUUUAGAGAAAUGUCUACACACCUCAUUACCACCACCAGGAAAACAGUGUUUUUGAGCUGGUGGUUAAUUUUUUUGUUCCAGAUAACUUAACAGUGCCUUUGAUGGCAUAGUUAAUAUGUAUAAAAUACAUAAUAUUAAUGUACAGUAUGUAGCAGGCAGGGGCCAUAUCCUCACUCCACAUUUGAGCCCCUUUGCAACAAAAAGGUUGGAAUUAUUUGCACAGAUAGUUGAUUUUGUUUGUUUUUAGUACCUCAUCUAGCACAAGUUCCAGCAUUACUUCAAUCAACAAUACAUCACAUUAAUGUCCCUGCACCAUAUGCUUUCUGCUCUGAGACUAUAGUUGAAACAAGUCAUGGAACCUGGUUACAAGCAGUUCAGAGUUCUUUCUUGACUGUUAACUUGGCUAGACAGAGUAACUGUGACAGGAGCAAUGACUAGACAUUAGUUAGCUAGUUGUCUUGAGUUUUGUAGCACAUCUUUGUUGAAUCAUCCCUGAAUAACCACUGGCAGGUCCAUUUAUUUAGAGUCAGAUGAAACUUUGGUUUUGGAAACUGAAUAUUAAAUAUGCCCAACAAAUCCCUUUAGGAUUGGAGAGGAGAGAAACUUAAAUAUAUGCAUGCACUUUUUGAUUUACAUCUAUGAAAUGUAGCCUUCCCUUAACCAGUCUCUUUUGGUUUCAGGUAAUGUACCAAUUUUCAAUAAAUGAUAUAAAAUUAACCAUUCCAUUUUGAAGAUGCAAAUGAAUUUCUGUUGUUUAUAAAAAAAAAAACAAAAAAAACUUUUUAGUAGUACAUGAAGUCCUAGUUCUCCAACUUUUUUUUUUUUUAUUUAUUUAUAAUAUGUCUUAGAUGCUUUACUUUAGUUGCACCUGAGGGAAAGGAACAAUACUGGAAUUUUAAAUAUACUGGAUUCAGCUACAUAGUUUGUGUUUUAUUUAUUUUUUAAAUCAAAAAGCAUAUAAAUAAGUGGUAUACAAAAUAAAGUCAAGCCAUGUUUAGUACAUUGAGCAAAAUGCAGCCAUUUUUGAUGGGCUUUAUCUAGUUAAAUAUUUACAGAUACAUGUUUUACUAAGCUCACUUUUAUUUACGGGGAAAAUUAAAAAAAAAAAAAUAGAGUAGUAAAUUUUCAAAAACUAAACUGAGUUGUACAGCUCUGUUUGCAAAAUCCAAAGAAUACAGUAUCAUUAAAAAUAAGCCAUGAAGUGUUGGUGUGGUUUAAAAGCCUUUUUAUAGUGUUUGUACCUGGGCAGUUGUGACUGGGAGCAAAGAUCUUCUUUGCACAAAACUAUUUAAAAAAAAUCCUACAGGCUUUGAUUAAAUUUACCUACCUUUUUGUGUCUACUUUUGUUUUCUUUUUGAAUUUUUGAAAAAUCUUUGUUUUAUAUAGUCUGCCAAUUUCGUAGAACAGGUAAAAGCUAAAUGCAAGAACCUCAAAAUGCUAAAACCUAGCAUAAUGCCUUAGAUCUGGUUUUCUGUCUUGUAUAUUCCUACAGAAGUGUCUGUUGUAUUAUAUUUGUAUAGUGGAUUGUGUACAUUAUUGAAUGAGUGCAUCAUUUUUAUUUUUAUUUUUUUUUUGGCUGGUUACCAACUGCAGCUCUCCUGUCAUUAUCAGUCCAUUGUUAAUUUUCAUGUUGGUUCUUUUUGUUUAUUUGUGAUCAGUUGUGGGUUAUAUUAUUUGUACAAUUGUUCAUUUUAAUGUCUGUGAAUUAUGUAUGAGAAGAUGAUGCAAGGGUAAAUCUAAGCAAUAUGUAAAUUACAUGGUUUUUCUGGAGAAAGCUUACAGUGUUGCAGGCGCAAAGAUGUAUUUUUUCCAAUUGAAUUCACACUAAACAUCACCUUGUUCACCUGCAUUGAUGUCUGUAAUCCUAGUGUGAGCAUUUUAUGCAAAGUUAGAAAAAUUGAGAGAAAUUUAAACACAUUUAUGCAAGUUGUUGACUAAUAUUGCUUUGCUGAUGCUAUUUGCUAUGUGAUGUUAAAUAAUGCCAUUGUAAAUAAAGAAUUCUGUUAUUGCAACAUUUAAUAAAAUGUUUGAGUCAGGAUUUUGAAAAGGA